AUGAUGAAGAGAGAGACGUUAGAAGAAGUUGGAAUAAUCGGAGGAUUGGUCGGAGCUCAGGUGAUUUACGCCGGAAACUCAGAGUUACUGAGUAAGUUGAUGUCUCUUGGAGUCGACCCGAUUCUUAUCGUCAUCUUCUGCACCUUCGCAUCAUUUCUUCUCAUCACUCCUGUCGCUUUUCACCUUGAGAGGAAACUGUGGCCCAGAAGUCUAAGUUUCAAGUUGAAGACAAAACUAGUAGUGGUUGCUCUUGUUGGAGUGACUCUGUUCCAGUGGUUAUUCUUAGAAGGAAUGAAACACACCUCUGCAUCAAUGGCAACAGCUAUGCCAAAUCUCUGUCCUGCUUUCAUUUUCGUCAUCGCUUGGGCUGUUGGCAUGGAGAAAGUGAAGCUAAGCUGUAUGCACAGUAGAGUUAAGAUGGGAGGGACAGUGUUGUGUGUGAUGGGAGCUUUCAUUAUGAGCUUUAUGCACAGUACUACUAGUACUCCCACUUCGAGCUCGGUCAAGGCUUUGCCUAUUGUCUCCGACCACGUCGUUCUGGACAAGGAUAAGAUCAUAGGUUGCAUCUACCUCUUCCUUUCCAUCUGCUGCUUAUCCUCUAAUAUUGUCCUCCAGGCAUCCAUACUAGUCGAGUUUCCGGCGCCUGUAUCUAUGCUUUCAGUGGUAUCUUUGAUCGGUGGGAUCACCACGGUAGCUUUGCAGUAUGUCCUUAAAGGGAGUUUGGAAAUGGGAAGUGCAUCAGUGAUCGGUCUAGGCCGCCUUGUGGGAUACGCAAUGCUGGGAGGGUUGGUGUGUGGAGCAGGGUUAAGCUUUAAUGCAUGGGUGAUUAAGAAGAAAGGACCAGUGAUUGUGUCACUCUUUAGUCCAAUUGCAACUGUGGUGUGUGUUGUUGUCUCUGCUUUCUCCAUGGAAGAGAGGUUUAACUUUGGAAGCUUUGCGGGAAUGGCGUUGAUGUUCGGAGGACUCUACUUCGUUCUGUGGGCUAAAGGGAAAGAGGGUUGUGGAGAAGUAGUUGAAGAAAAAGGAGAUGAAGAAGAAUGUGUGCUUAGAGCAGAUUUUGAUCUCGAGAAGCCUCUCUUGCGUUAA